AUGAUUCCUUAUCCACGCUUUGAGCAAGCAGAUGAUUUCAAGAAUUUAAAGCCACCAUACCUCGUAGCGAAGGGAUCCGCGGGAAAUUCGAGAGUAAGUUGCACGCGCCACCCUUGUUCAUGCGCCGCAUCCAGUUGCACAGUAAUCGAAUUGCAUAUGCGUUUCUCCCACAUAAUCGUACUUUUGCUAUCAGUUAUGGUCGCAACAGCACUGGAACAGCAGCUUCUUUUGAUUCGACCGAAACGUCAGUUUGGAUGGGGUGGUGGUUAUCGACCAUACUAUGGCGGCGGGUUUCGACCACCCUAUGGUGGCGGAUUUCGACCACCCUAUGGCGGUGGAUUUCGACCACCCUACGGCGGCGGAUUUCGGCCACCCAUCGAUAUUGGACAAGUGCCGAUGCCCCUCAGUGGUUGA